CUCUCUCUCUCUCCCCUUUCUUUGAAGUUUAAGUUCUUGGUGCAAUACAGUAUCUAGAACUUGUCUGCAAAUUGGUUUUGUGCAGCCAUGGAUGCCAAAACCAAACAAAGUUUGGUGCUUUUGCUUUGCUUAUGCUUACAUCUCAAAACCCAUGUUUGCCUUGCAGCUGACACCAUCGCUGCAAACCGAUCUCUCUCUGGUGAUCAAACCAUUGUCUCUGCGGGAAAGGUUUUUGAGCUGGGUUUCUUCAAACCAGGUAAUUCUUCGAACUACUACAUAGGCAUGUGGUACUCUAAACAACUAGUAUCUUUGGAGACCAUUGUUUGGGUGGCAAAUAGGGAAACACCAGUUUCUGAUAGAUUUUCUUCAGUCUUGAGGAUCUCAGAUGGUAAUCUAGUUCUCUUUAAUGAGUCCAACACUCCAAUUUGGUCCACAAAUUUAACCUCCACCACCACCUCAGGUUCUGCACAAGCAGUUCUUUUAGAUAAUGGAAACCUUGUCUUAAGAGCUAAUGGGUCAAAUGCUAGUACAUCAGAGCCUUUGUGGCAAAGCUUUGAUCAUCCAGCUCAUACAUGGCUACCAGGAGCUAGAAUUGGAUUCAACACUGUCACCAAUCAAACCUUAAUUCUCACUUCAUGGAAGAGUUCAGAGGAUCCUGCACCAGGUCUUUUCACUCUUGAGCUUGACCCCAAUGGAAGUAAUGCAUAUCUCAUAUUUUGGAAUAGGUCUAGACAGUAUUGGAGCAGUGGAGCAUGGGAUGAAAAGUCACGUAUUUUCAGCUGGGUUCCUGAGAUGAGGCUUAACUAUAUCUACAAUUUCAGCUAUGUUACAAACAAAAACGAAAGUUAUUUCACCUAUUCUCUUUAUAAUCCCAAGACAAUAUCUCGAUUCGUGAUGCAUACCUCAGGGCAGAUUCAGCAACUCACAUGGUUGGAGAUUUCCAGCCAGUGGAAUUUGUUUUGGAACCAACCAAGAAAGCAAUGUGAAGUUUAUGAUUUAUGCGGGGCAUUCGGCAGUUGCAACGAGGUAAGCCCGGUCUCCUGUAAUUGUUUGACAGGUUUUGAGCCAAAGUUGCAGAGGGAUUGGAAUUUGCAGGCUUAUUCUGGUGGGUGUAAAAGAAAAACCCCUCUGCAUUGUGAGAAUGCUACUAGUGCUGACGGGAAGCAAGACCAGUUUCUGAAAAUGGCUACGAUGUCAUCGCCUGCAAAUGAGCAGUCUGUGAAGGUUGAGACUUUUGCGGGAUGUGAAUCAAUCUGCUUAAAUAAUUGCUCUUGCACCGCUUAUGCUUAUAAUAGCAGUGGAUGUUCAAUUUGGAUCGGAGAACUCUUCAAUCUGCAACAACUCACCUCAAGUGAUAGUCAGGGAAUAACUUUGUACCUCAGACUUGCAGCUUCCGAGUUUAAGAGUCCUAAAAGCAAUAAGGGAUUGAUUGUUGGUGUUGUGGCAGGCUCAGCUGCUGGAAUAGCAAUUCUCUUAGGCCUUAUUGUGGUUGUAAUCUUGAGACAAAGGAAGAGAGUGACUGGAAUGGGAAAAGCAGUAGAGGGUUCAUUGGUGGCCUUUGGGUACAGAGAUCUGCAAGAUGCAACAAAGAACUUCUCAGAAAAAUUGGGGGGAGGAGGCUUUGGUUCUGUUUUCAAAGGGACCCUGCCUGAUUCAUCUGUCAUAGCAGUAAAGAAGCUUGAAAGUGUCAGCCAAGGAGAGAAGCAAUUCAGAACUGAAGUGAGCACAAUAGGGACAAUUCAACAUGUCAAUCUUGUCCGGCUUCGCGGGUUCUGCUCUGAAGGUACAAAAAGGAUGUUGGUCUAUGAUUACAUGCCGAAUGGAUCACUGGAUUCUCAGCUUUUCCAUGAUAUGCGUCCAAAUGUUUUGGAUUGGAAAACAAGGUACCAAAUUGCUCUGGGGACAGCAAGAGGGUUGGCUUAUCUUCAUGAGAAAUGCAGAGAUUGCAUCAUACAUUGUGACAUAAAGCCAGAAAACAUUCUUUUAGAUACUGAACUUGGUCCAAAAGUGGCAGACUUUGGCCUUGCAAAGCUUGUUGGAAGAGAGUUCAGCAGUGUCCUGACAACCAUGAGAGGCACUAGCCAGAUAAGCACUGCAGAAACUGAUGUGCUGAGCCUAUUAGACCCCAGGCUAGAUGGAAAUGCUGAUGUACAAGAGCUCACAAGGAUUUGUAGGGUUGCUUGCUGGUGUGUUCAAGAUGAUGAGGCUCAUAGGCCAUCAAUGGGCCAGGUGGUGCAAAUCCUUGAGGGAGUUUCAGAUGUCAACUUGCCACCAAUACCAAGGUCUCUCCAUGUCCUUGGAGACGACCAGGAGCACAUAAUCUUCUUCACUGAGUCAUCCUCAAGCCAGAGUUCACAUCAAAGGAGCAAUAACAAUUCAACCAAGAGCACCACAUCUUCAACCAUCUCCAAGAGAUAUGAAGAAGAGCAUCCAAUAAACACUUGAUGUGCCUUUUCCAUUUGGUCAUUUGGUUUCAGCCUUCUAAGUAAUUGUCAUAUGUAUUAUAUAUUUUUAUAUAGCUUCUUUUGAUUUGGUAUGAUAAUUGUAUUAUUGUUUAUAUAUAUAUAUAUUCCAAGAGCCUUGCUUCAGAACAAAGUCUUUGGAGAUAAAA